AUGAUGCUACCAUACCAAUGCAUUAUUGCGGCAUGCGAUCGAUACGAAGCCGGGGGAAACGAGUGGAUCCUAUUUGGUGUGUCAGGUUCAAGGCUCGUAGCUCAGUCAUCUACAGGAGCCACCUCAAUAUGGCCGGCCGAGGAACAUCCAAUAGAAGAACCUAGCCCUGAAAACGAGGAACAAGAGCCUCCAGAAAAGCGCGUUAAACUAUCACCUCCGCUAGAGCAAAAGUCGAAUUUCUCUAUUUUGAGAUUAUCGAAUGACAAGAAGUAUCUGGUGGCGGUCACUGCAGAAGACAAGUGCAUCCGUGUAUUCAGGGUCGAUUCGGAAGGUCGUCUGCAACAGUUGAUUCAAAGAUGCAUGACUAGGCGGCCCUGCUCGAUCGCUUUGACUUCGGAUGAUUCGACAGUCCUUUGCGCGGACAAAUUCGGGGACGUGUACGCACUCCCGCUGUUACCGUCCCCGGAAGACGACCAAAUUAGCACCCCUCCAAGCGAGAAGAUAGAGCAGAAGAAGUUCGUCCCCUCUGCAAGCCUUCUCACAGUCCACUCGGGCAGGAACAGGAAGGUGCUAGAGGAGCAGAUGAAGCAAGCCGAGAAAGGGCCAUCGCAGUCGAAGGAAACCCCAAAGUUUAAGCACGACCUACUGCUAGGACACGUAUCCAUGCUCACAGACAUUGCAUACGCUGCGGUCGAUUCCCGCAGCUACAUCAUAACUGCGGAUCGGGACGAGCAUAUCCGGAUAUCGAGAGGCCCGCCUCAAGCGCACAUCAUCGAGGGCUUCUGCUAUGGACACGAGGAGUUCGUCAGCCGACUGUGCCUGACUAGUUCCGGACGUCUGGUAUCUGGAGGCGGAGAUGCUCAUCUGUACGUGUGGGACUGGUCAUCCUACCAACUAUUGGAGACGCUGCCAAUCCGGGACACAGUGCUUGACUAUUACAGAGGCCACUCUCAACUCGCAUUAUUAUUACCUCAGGACACGCAGGCGUUCAAAACAGCCGUCUGCGGCAUCUGGACUGUCCCAUAUGGAGGGUCAGAGGGGGACGAGGUUCUCGUCGCAUGCGAAGGAGUCCCGGCAAUCGUCAGCUUCAAGCUUGGGAGCUCCGCGACAAUUGGCACAGUGCUACCGCUGGCUGGAAAUGCGCUGGAUGUGGCAUUCAUAUAUGCACGAGGAAGCUCAUGCACAGCCGUGGUGUCAAUAGACCACCUGCAUAGACCAGGGUCCACGACAGAGAUCCGAGAAGAUGAGGCGAUGUCUCGACUGCAGUGCUUCGCGUACCAGCAGGAUGGCCAGUGGGCAGAGGACGGUAGCAUCGUGGAAGCUCUAGAAUGGUUUAAUCGGCGAGCGGCGGGGGAGCCCGAGGCAGGGUCUGACGGAAGAGCCGGCGGUGGGGACACGGUUGAUGAGAAAGCAACACGAGACAUUUUGUACGGCAUGGAGAAGCUGCGCAAGCGGCCAGGCGCUGAGGAUUAG